CACGUGGCCACUGGCGCGUGAAAACUGUUGACGACAAGCAAAAAUGCAUCUAAAGAGUCGUUUAGGCGUACCAAGUCGUGGUGUACAGCAGGGCUUCCCGGGUGUGGUGAGCUGACGUUUCACGGUGACUGAUCGGAUAUAGGCAGUGAGAGUGUUUAUGGAGUGAAACAUACAUAUGUGACAUUUGCGUGACUGACACAGACAUGCUAAGAACAACAUGCUUGUGACUAAAAUGAAAUGAGUAACAUGAAGAUUGGAGCAAGAUACAAGAUGGAAGUGUGUCUACGUUUUGUGAUUGUUGUGUGUUUCAUGACCAUGUGUGGAUGUGCAGAGUUUACAUACUAUUACGACAUCCUUGAAGAAGUGCCUCCAGCACACUCCACCUUUAUAGGAAACAUCCCAAAUGACACCAACCUGAAGUCCAUGGUUAGUGAAGCAGACUUCUCAAAUUUACAAUACAGCUUUUUGACAGAAGGAGAUUAUGAAACAACGAAAUAUUUCAGCCUGGAUGAAAAUACUGGCAACCUGCGUACAUCAGGUGAUAAUGUGUUGGACAGGGAAACUCUGUGUACAUUUGCAUCUACCUGUGUUUUGUCUUUGGAGAUUGCCAUCAAGUCUAAGUUAAACCAGUUCUUCAGGACAGUUGCCUUGGAGAUAGCAGUAGCUGAUGUUAAUGACAAUGCUCCUAAGUUUCCAACGAACAAGAAGACACUGAACAUAUCUGAGGAAGUAGUGACUGGAGCCUCCUUCGCCCUGGAUGGAGCCGUGGAUCGGGAUACUGGAGCCAAUAAUUCUCUACAAACAUAUACCAUUCAGCCAGCAGAUGGACCUUUUGAGCUUCAGUUUAGCAAGAACUUCGAUGGAACAUCCUAUUUGAAUCUGGUUGUUCGUGAGAAGCUGGACCAUGAGGAGAGGAACUUGUACAAUGUGCAGGUCAUAGCUGCAGAUGGCGUGCCGCCCAACCAGGGGGUCCUCAGUCUGGAAAUCAGCGUGAUCGAUAUGAAUGACAACCGACCAAAAUUUACACAAGAUUCCUACAGUGUUGUUGUGGAAGAGAAUGUGGCACAGAACUAUGUGAUCCUGGCUGUGAAUGCCACUGAUGCAGAUUGUGCUAAUGGAGAGGUGAGGUACAGUCUCAGCUCUCAUCAGGCUGUGAAGAAUCAGAAUCUGUUUGCCAUUAACCCCCAGACAGGUGAGCUAAGUGUGACAGGUGAGCUUCAGAGUGAGCCGGAGGAGAAGUAUGACAUCAUUGUAGAAGCGAGUGACAUGGGGGUGCAGCCCUUCACGACCCAGGCGGUGGUCACUGUGGAGGUCCAGGACACCAUCAACAACCCACCAAGGAUCAGAGUGAACCUACUCACCGGUCAGACCACCAACUUCUCCCUCAUAUCAGAAUAUGCAAACCUGGGUGUCGUGGUGGCACAUAUCCGAGUGUAUGAGUCCGACAGAGGGAGGAAUGGUAUUGUUAAGUGUGAGCUUCUACAGCAUGACUAUUUUGAACUGCAGGGCUUUGAUGUUAAUGAGUAUAAGGUGAUUGUGGCUAAACCGCUUGACCGGGAGUAUAAAGCAGAACAUACCUUGACCGUACAGUGUGAGGAUGCAGGAACACCCCCACUUAGUGUAAAUGCAAGCUUCAUUGUGAAAGUCACAGACGAGAAUGACAAUGCCCCACAGUUUAUCCCUGCUGUCUAUUCAGCUACCAUCAGGGAAAACAACAAGAUAGGGGACAGUGUUCUGACAGUGCUGGCCCAGGACCUGGAUGAAGGCAGUAACAGUAAUAUCAGGUAUUCCCUGUCACCAAUGUACAACCGGGAUGAGUUUAUCAUCUCUCCUGAAUCAGGACUCAUAUUGGCCAAUACAAGGUUUGAUUAUGAAACAAAACCAGUGAUGAAUUUCUCUGUGAUUGCUGUUGAUGGUGGAAAUCCACCCAAAACUUCAACUGCCAAAGUGACAGUGCGUGUGAUUGAUGUUAAUGAUCAGAAGCCCACAUUCUCCCACUCCGUUUUCCAUUUCAAUAUCUCAGAGAAUGCUAAACUAGGGCAAAAUGUUGGACAAAUUGUUGCUUUUGAUUUCGAAACUGGACGCAAUGGAGAGGUGUAUAUUUCACUUUCACCAGAAAUUGACAAUGUUUCCCCUUUCGCUCUUUUUCAAAAUGGGACAAUUAUUUUGAAUGGAAGCAUAGACCAUGAAGUGGAAAGUCAGUAUGAAUUCCGAGUAUUGGCUAUUGAUAGAGGUAGCCCACCACUAAGUGCAACUACUUACGUCAGAAUUUCAAUCCUGGAUGAAAAUGACAACAUGCCAGUCAUCACUUACCCCAACAUCACCCAUCACUCAACUCGGAUAUCCACUGACUAUGAAAUAAACAGCAUCAUCACAUCAGUUCAUGCCAGAGAUGCAGAUAUCGGUAUCAAUGCUCAGCUGAAAUAUGUCAUCACAUCAAGAAAUGACAGUGGUCGAUUUGAAAUUGAUGGCAAAACUGGAGACAUAUCUGUAGCGAAGCACCUGUCCAAAAGUGACAUUAACAUGUACAAGUUCAUGAUAAUGGUCCAAGAUUCAGGUGUUCCUCCCCAUGCAUCCCACACCAUUCUCUUCGUCAACGUCCUUGCUGGCAACGGUUCCACCAUGAUCGGUCCUCACGGAGGUAAUGACCAAAAUGUCCUCAUCACUGUGACAAUCAUCUGUGUCACUGCCAUCGUCUCUGCAAUAAUUGUGCUAGUUAUUAUUGUAAUGAAGAGGAAAGACAAGCAGAGGACGAAGACCCCGCAGGGGUCGAUGUAUCUGCAGACUCCCGAGCUCCCUCACUCAGUAUGUGGACAAGGUGAAGGUAGAUAA